GACGCGACACAGGUAUGUAGGUCACGUGAUGAUAAUUGUGGUUUGUUUAUGUCAUGUUUUCAAUUUUACGAGUCAGGUAAACAACCCUAUGUAUAAACUGGGUGACGAAUACUGGAUAUCGUGACAAACAUUUCAAGCAUGGAUAUAAUCAGUGCUUCAAAAUAGUGAUUAUAUUUUGUUAAAGAAUGAGUUAUCAUCAUGAUCGAUUAAAUGUCAUAUUUUAUGUUAGUUUGGCGAAAACUGUUAUUGUCAUAAAUCACUGCUUAUAAUAAAGCAAUCAAAAACACACAUAGUGACAUACAAAAUGGAGGACCCUGGUUUAGAUAUUCAAGUUCAGGAAACACGUGGGGACGACGGCAGCUACAAGUACGCGUUCACUUACGAGCGCGCGACGCUCUACGAGUUCAAAUACGAGCGGAAGGCGACGCCAGAUCCGGUGGACCCCUGCUAUCGCUGCUACCGCCGGAUAUGGGACAAGGAGCAGAUGGUCAACGUCGGCGUCCUCUAUCACAAGGCGUGCUUCCGAUGUCGGAUCUGCGGUCUUCCGCUCACCAUGCAGACGUUCCACCGGAACGACGCCAAUGGCUCGCAGGAUCGCGAGGUGUACUGUCGGACGCACGUGGGUAAAGCCAUUAACCAGAUUCAGCAGGAACGCGCCAUCAUCGAAGGGCUCGAGGACGGGUUCGGCUCGCAAAGUUUGCGUGACAAACCGAUUUCGGCCAUAAAGGCGGCGCCAGACUUCACUCCAAAGCCCAGCCCCCGUGGUAGCCCGAAGGGUAGCCCCGCUGGGUCGGUGCAGCACACGCCCUCCAAGUAUGACCUACAUAACACCAGCAUGGCCUCCAGCAUGGUCAGUGUCACGCCGCGCAGCCUCAAUGGAACGUCCUGGCUGACUGGCACGGCUGGAAGUACCCUCGAGUACACGCUGAUGACGGGUGGUCUGUACGGGCGACCCAGGCCCGUUCUCCAGAGUUAUCAGGAUUUCGAAAAGUUCCGAGUUUUUGAAUCUCAAUGGACGCUGGAAAGCCGGCACCGCGAGGAAGAGGAACGGCUGCAGCGCUUCCUGUUGGAAGAACGGGAAAAGGAAAUGCGGAGGCUCGACACGGUCGUCGACCAAGAGAAAGAGCGCGCCGCCUCAGAACUCCUGGCUAGCAUGGAUCCAAUGACAGUUCAGAAGAAUCCACAGGCGCUGGUGGCGGGGCGGGAGCGCAUCGAGGAGCACUUCCGGAAUGUGCGCGACGACCGACUGCGCAACAUCCAGGAUAAGGUUGCGACAGAGGAGAAGGCGCGCGCAUCCCGGAUGCUGGACAGGCAAUGCCAAGAAAUGCUGGUCCUCAUUGCGGAAAAAGAUCGGAUGGCGGAUACGAGCUGCAUUUACGACCAUUCCAUGAGACCGCCUGUGCUGCCGCCAGAGGGCAGGAAGUCCAAACUGUACAAGUCACCAAUUAUAUUUGAGCAAAUAGAUAAACGGGCAUUAGAGUUAUCAAAUCGGGACUAUAACACAUUCACGGACCUCGUGCGAGAUCUCACUCGAGACUGCCAGUCCGAGCUCGAGAAAUGCAGAGCGUUGUUCCGCUGGAUCAUCGCAAAGGACAUUGGGAAGACGAGUGGACGUGACAUCUCGCGCCCCAAUUCGUCCUUGACAUUGCUGAAGGGCGUGAAGAGCGGACGGGAAACGUACCACCAACUGUUCAAGAAGCUCUGCAGCUACGCUGGGCUACAUUGUGAAAUCGUUCUCGGCUUCUCAAAGGGCGCGGGAUACAAGCCGGGCAUGAAUCUCACCGGAAACGCUUUCCGGAACUCUUGGACCGCUGUCGCCAUCGAAGGAAACUGGCGGUUCGUCAACGUUACGUGGGCGGCACGGCAGGUGACCGGCCUUAAAGAGGAACUUCCGGAAAUGUUCACCAAGUAUGAUGAAUUCUACUUUCUUACAGAUCCAGAAGACUACAUUUACCAACAUUACCCGGACGAGGCGUCCUGGCAGUUACUUGAAAUUCCACUUCCGUUUUCGGAGUUCACGAACUUGCCAGUUGUAAAGUCGCCUUUCUUUAAUUACGGUUUACGGUUUUAUUCCAAUUACGGUGCGACGUUAGUAACAGAUACGGGCAUGGUUGAAGUUCGGGUCACCAUGCCGAAGAUUCUUGGGUUCGGUUCGUUAUUGGAAGCGCAAGACAAGGCGACUAACACCUCGAAUUUAGAGGGGCGCACAUUGUUGCGGUAUGUGAAAAACGAGGCCAUAUUUACUGUGAACGUUCCCAAGCCGGGCUUGUACUAUUUCUCCAUUUACACGGGUGACUACUGGAAGGCGGAUUGUUUGGAAAGUGCUUGUUCGUUCGUAGUUCAUUGUACGCCCAACAUGAGAGGAGCUGCACCGUCAUAUCCACCGGUUCCUUUCUUUGGACCGACGCCCGUGAUGGAGAAAUUCGGCAUAGUGGCAGAAAAUCAAAUUGACCCUCUGAUUGUCUCGGAUAGCGACUACCUAGACAUAGUGUUUAACAUGGACAAAGAAAUCAAAGUGACUCACACGUUCCAAUAUUACGACGCUCACGCAGGGACCGUCAAUGACAUUGACAGGUACGUGUUUUUGAAGUCCAGAAACGAAACAGGAGCGACGUACAUGAUUCGAUGCCCAAAGGAGGGCUUCUACAUUUUCUCCUUGUACGCGACCCAGGCGGACGGUGCCGAGAGCCAGUCAUUAGACUGCGCCUACAGAUACCUGAUCAUCUGUCAGGAACCUAACCCCGCAGUGGUGGCGUUUCCGCGGACCUACCACCGCUGGCAGCGUUGCACGCUCCACGAACCCGUUUCCGGUGAUCUCAUGACCAACAAGCGCUACACCUUCCGGUUAGACGUGCCACAGGCGUCGGAGGUGUUCGUCGUCAUUGGGGAGCUCUAUCAUCACCUGAAGCGGAAGUUAGGGUUCACAUGGGAAGGGAAUAUCCCAACCGGAAAUGCAUCAACGGCGCUGAAGGUGGUUGCGCGAUUCGCCAUGACCGGACAAGAGUGUUCGAUAUUCGCGCACCUCUUGGAUUACGAACUGGUGGCAGAUGCAGAAACAGAGAUUUGAUAGUUGUAUAUAUUAUUAACAUCUAAACGUGAACAAAAAUAUGUAUACGUGCCAUUGGAAGUUAGUUUAUGCAGUAUAUAGGAGCACGCACUUUCGUAUUUCGGUUUACUUUUGCGUAUAAUUCAAUAACUCAUCAGGCCAAAAUAUGUUCAUUGUUUCUUACGUACAUUUACAGAAAAAUAGGGCAAGAAAGUCGGUCAAACUUCUUUUUUUACUUUUCACGAUAUGCGAGUUUUUUUUUCUCACUUUAAGGUCUAACAGCAGAGAGAUUGCAAAUUUCUAUUAAACAUGCUUUCUUGAAUUGAUUGUAGUUAACCCAUGUAUGCCUAGCGUCUAGAAAAAGGCCUUGGCAAGCAGCGUAGACCCAGAUGAGACGACGCAUGAUGCGGCGUCUCAUCAGGGUCUGCGCUGUUUGCUUAAAUUUCUGUAAGAAAUAUUCUAAAUAUAGAAAUAAAUAUACUAAACAACCCUAAUUUUGGAAAUAGAUUGAUCAAACUUAGAAGGAUGGGAGAGUCCACUAGGCAUAAAUGGAUUUAGGUAUUAGAACUGCAAUACUACAUUAUGAUUUUCAAUUUUGGUAUUGUUAAUACAUGUGUACGUUAAUGAUUCUAAAUGCAUUUAUGAUUGAAAUACGUUGUAGCAAUAUGUUUAUGAUACCUACACAGCUCUUGAAGAAAUAACUCACCUUAACAUAGGAAUUAAAAUGCGAUUUUUUUUCAAAAUGUAAAAGACGUGGGGCAUUCUGACUGAUAAUGGAACUGUUCACAUGUUUUCAUUCGCACUUCCGUUUUUUAAAUGUCAUUUGAUGUAUUGAUUAACAGCAGUAUCAUAAUUGAAAUAGUCUGAAAUGAUUAUUAUAUCAAUAAAAAACGUUGAAUAAAAAUAUUGUUCUGCUUAACCCGGGACUUUCAUAAGUAAAAAAGCAAACGUUUCAUCACGAUAGCAUGGAGGCGUUUAAUUGAAAUUGUCGCGUAUGGGUCCCGCUAUCUUGUUUUAUUUUCACUGAAAUGUUUCGGAGUGAUUGUCAUUAACGAAUUGAUUUGAAAUAGCAUGACGUUCCUUUCAAUUAUUAUGCCUCGUGAAGAGUUAAUUAAUUGAAUAUGACCAAAUUUGGUUUUAAUUUGCGAAAAUUAACUGGAAUGCCAAUACAACAUAUUAAAACAAAAAGAAAAGAAAAUUAAAGAAAUAUUUUAAUGCUUUUUGCGUAGAUUGGAGAAAUCAGCCCUUUCUAAGCCUGAUUCUAGGUAUCAUAUCCAUGGCAGCUGUCUUUCUGGAUUUUAGAAUGCGAAUUAUGAUAACAAUUAUGUGAAGUCACACUAUUCACGACAAUAUAUUAUUUUGAAAAAGUCUGAUAGUUAAAGCUUUUUAUACAUUUGUGUAUGCCUAGUAAAUAAACAUGAAUUUUAGCACUUAUUAGUAUUAUCAUUGUGAUUUGAUUGAUCUUGUUCGUUAGUAAAUAAUAAAAACGAUCAAAGUUGGAUAAGAACAAGAAUGGCUCUUCUUCAUGUAUAUGAUGCGUUUCUGGAGUGUCAUUUUUCUCAAUAUGUACAAGUGCUACGUACAUCCAUUAACAUGCGUAUACGAGUACGACGGUGAGCUAGGUUAAAAAAAGUAGUAUUACAUUUGUAUAAAAAACAUACAGGUUUCUUUUGUGUUAAACAACUUACAUUGGUUUUUAACGCAACACGCUUUUAAAUGUAUGUUUAUAAUCAUGAUAACUUAUGUUAAGUUAUUACUUAAACAAUUUGCGUUUUGGAAAACUUGUAAUCAAACGAAACAUGUGCUAUUAAAAACACAAAUAUUGCAAACAAGUUGUUUUAUAUUGAACGCUUUCAGUUUUCUUACAUGCAUUUGACUUGAAAUAGAAAAACUGUGUCGGUAUGGGUGUUCAAUAAAUAUUAUUAAUGA